AUGGAAGACCAUUUCAUCCGUGAGCUGCCCAAGCUGGAACUCCACGUCCACAUCGAGGGCACAUUGACUCCUGAACUCCGCUGGAAGCUUUCCCAGAAGAACACUGUCCAUCUGCCAUACGAUUCGCUGGACGCCCUGCGCAACAGCUAUCAGACCAUGUAUAACCACCGUAAAGAGCUUCACGGGGACAACGGCCUGCCCACCUUUCUGGACGUGUAUUAUGGUGGGCUAGAAGUUCUCCGCACUGAAGAUGACUUUUACGAGCUUGCUAUGCAAUACUUGCGCAAAGCCUCAUCCAUGAACGUGCGUUACGCCGAGCCCUUUUUCGACAUUCAGGCGCACACGCGGCGCGGCGUUCUUGUAGCCACGGUAAUGGAAGGCUUGAGGCGCGCAAAGGCAGACGCUGUAAGUGAGCUGGGUGUUCACUGCAACUGGAUCCUCUGUUUCCUGCGAGACAUGAGCCCGGAUUCAGCAAUGCAAGCCUACGAGGCUUGCACGUCAUACCAAGACACGGUCUUUUGCGGCAUUGGACUCGACAGCAAUGAGUACAACCGCCCACCGAUCCUGUUCGAUGGCGUAUUUCAGCGGGCAAGAGCGGAUGGCCUCAAGAUCACAAGCCAUUGCGACGUUGGGCAAAAAGACACUCACGCGCACAUCGAGCAGGUCGCGAGCCGCAUUGCAGGUCACGGUGCGGAUAGAAUCGACCACGGGCUGAAUGCCGCUGAAAGGCCGGAACUCAUGGAGCUGAUCAGGAGGAGAGAUCUGGGCAUGACCCUUUGCCCACAUGCUUAUCAUCGUCGCAACCCCACGGAAUACGUCUUCCCCCUAGUGCGCAAACUGUUCGAUGCUGGGAUCAAAGUCACGGUCAAUUCCGACGACCCAACAUACAUGCACAACAUGUGGGUAGAAGAUAACCUGAGGCUCGUGCAGCAACACUGUCAGCUUACUCGGCGGGAGCUGAUACGCUUGCAAAUGCACGCUGUUGACAUAUCUUGGUGUGGCCUCGAUCUCAAAGGAAAGCUUAUGGAUGAGUUGACGAGAUUUGGCCAGCUCUGGUGCGACUAG